GCCCGAAUUCGUGUUCAUGAGACGCUUUUGUGGUUCGAUCAUACAGCGAGCUUCUCACAUUCAUACGCAGAGCUGUUCAACAAGACAAGAUUGAUAAAUCGAUAAUAAACUGUGAAUCGUUUAAUACAAGGAUAAUCGUAAGUAAAAGUGGUAUGAUGGAGUUACCAUAUGAGUAUCGUUCAGAAACUAAUGCUGGAACCGAGGAUGAAUUCAGUUCUACAUUGAAAAAAAUUAUUGACAGACAAUCAAAUUUAGAAAGAAUUAAAUUGGAUUUGAAAAAAGAAAACGAUCUUCUAACAAAUGACUUGUCUUCCAAAAAACAGCAGAAAGAAGACCUGCUCAAAGUAAGAGAAACUCUGAAACUCUCAGUUGUGAGAGAGCAAGAUAACUUCGAUCAAAUUAAUGCAAGGUUGAUGAAUGAAAUGCUAACAAUCAAAACACUGUUUGCGAAUGUUGACACUGCUUCCAACCUUACCGAUAAUUUUAUAAAAAAGAAUUCAAUUGUGUCGUCGUUUUUCAAUGGAAUAUCUUGUGGUUAUUAUAAUUUGCAAGAAACUAUCAAUAAUUUGGCUUCUAAGAUAACAAAGGAAAAUAUGUGCAUCAAAGAUAAAGUAACAAAUUCAAAGCAAUGCAAAGAAAAGUUCCAAACUGAGUUGCAAAACGAUAUUAUUCAAUGUGAAUAUGAUCUUGAAAAUGUUAAUAAAGCAGUAUCUUGUCUGAAGAAUGUAACGUUUGAAAAAUAUAUGGAGCUCUCAAAACUUACUGUUACUACUGAAUUUGUGUGUGCUGAAGAAUCAAAGAAUGUAUUAAAUCUUCAAAAUCUUGAAGCAGAUUUGAAGAAACGUUCACAAAAUGGAGAAAUCGCUGUUAAUGACAAAAAAUCAUUUAUAUGUAACUUGGAAAAGAGGGAAGAAACUCUCAGGAACAUACUUUCGGAAUGCGAAACUGAAAAGGAAGUAGUGAAUCAAUCGAUCUGUGUCUCACAACACAAUUUGAAUGAUUUGGAAAAGUCCUACCGAGAGAGAGAACUUGAAGAAAAAGCUUCAAAAGAGAAGUUACAACUUUCAAUUGACACAAUGAACGAACUUCUGAAAGUGAAGAGUUCACUUCAAAAUGAUUUAGAAUCCAAAGAAAAUGUCAAACAAGAUAAUGAGAAAUUGAUAUCUGCUUUGCUGGAAUUGGAGAACAAAUAUAAGGAGCUCAUUUCUGAGAAAGAAGAUAUUGAAUCAGACAUCGAAUUUUUAGAAAACGAUAUGAAAGUGUAUCUUCUAGAUAUUGAAUCAGAGAAACGUACACAAUCAGAAGGUAUUGCGACCAGACAGAAACUACAAACUGAUAUUGACUCAUUGAAUGCUCAACUCAUCAACUCCAACAAGAAACACAACGAAAAUAUGAGUAUAAUGAGACAAGAAAUUGAAAAAACCAAGAACAUUCUCAAUGAAUCUGAGAUUUUUCUACUGCAAACUCAAACAUCCAAUGCAAGCAAGACACAAACAUUUCAUGAGUAUAAAUCGAGUGUCUGCGGAAAUGAUUCAUGCAUAGAAAUGUUGGAAUUGGAAACAAAAAAGCUUCAAGACUUUUCUUCAACAGUUGAAGAAAACCGAAUGAAGUUUACAGAAAGCUUGCAAGAGAUUGAAACAGCGCUGAAUUCGAAAAAAGAAGAGCUGAUUGCAGCAGAAAAAAAUGCUGAGAGAAUAAGCUUGUUGAAGCAAGAAAUAGAGAAAGCAAAGCUGGAAAUAGAACAACAAAAAGAACAUCAUCAACAUGAACUAUUGCAAUUGGAGAGUUACAAUUCAUCCUGUAAAAAUGAUGCUGAAGAGCAAUUUAAGACUUUGAAAUUGCAUCUCGAUAACAAGAUCAAUAGGAUCAAUACUGAGUUAUUAGAGUUCCAAACAGGAGUAGCAGACCUCGGAACGAAGGAGAACAAACGUAAAAUUUCGAUUGAAGUAAUAAACAAAGAAUUGGUGGCAAUUAAAAACAAAACUAUUGAUCUUCACAACACUAAAAUGCUUCUACAGUCAAAAGUUUCGAACGCCAGGAAGAAUUUGAGAUCAGCUGAUGAUAAAUCCGAUGAUGUUUCUGGAAGCCAACUUUCAAUAAUCAUGCCCAAAAAGGAUGAUGAUGAAUCUAGCAGCAGUGGAAUCAGCACAACGGAUCCCAGAUGGUCCUCUCAAAAAAGGAAAUCAAGUGGAUCUAUUGGCGAGGGACCGAGUCAGAAAAUUAGAGAUUGAUGAAUGGUGUUGACGAAAUAGUAUUCCGACACUAAUAUUAUUUCACGAACUAGAGAAUCCUGUUCGUGAGAAGGAAAUUAAGUUACUGUUGAAAAUUUGUAGAUAAUAUGAGUAAUUAUUGUAGUGAGUCAUUCCAUAGGCCUACCAUUAUAUCAAUUUAUUCAAAGUAUUAAUGAGUAAUUAGUGUAGUAAGUCAUUCCAUACCAUUAAUAACAAUUUAUCAAGUAUCAAGAAAGUGUCAACGAGAAUAUGAAUCUUAGUAGAAAUAUUUGCAUAAGUUAUGCUCUUACAAACUUCAUUCCAAAGAAUUUAUUGUCUCCGUAUGAGAAAAUCUCCAUGUACUUGUUUAUCCUUGAUCUUCUUGUGACUUGAAAAAUUAUGACAUAUAGAGUAGAUUUUUCUAAAAAGUGUUCAACUUAUUUUAAUGUCAGUGAACUCUGUAAUAUCAUUUUUGUAAUUUGUUAUAAUAUUAUAAUAUAUGUAAUUCAAGAAUAUUCUUAAUAUAGGCAAGCGUUAAUCUCAAUGAAAGUAUGCAUAUAUUUUACUAAAACUAUUUACUUAUAGAGUAUUGUGUUGUUACAAACUUCAAAGGAUUUAAAGUAUCUUUGUGAAAAAAUAUUCCUUCGAAUAUUUAUCCUUUAUGGGAGAUAGUAAUGAUUAAUAUAAUGAAUUAUUCUAUCAAGGUUUCUGUAUUGUAAAUGUCAGUCAAAGUUACUCAGCAAUUGAUAAGAAAAAUUGCAUUAUAAAUUUAUCGGUAAGUACGAUAUUGAACUAAGCCAUUUGAGAACGCUCAUAAAGGAGGCAUUAACUGGCAAUCUCAAUGACAAUAUAUCUUACCAUCAUUACUACAUUUACAUAAGUUAUUCAGUUGAAAAAAUAGAUUCUAUGAAUUAAUUAUAAAUCUCAUGAAAAGUAGGUAGUAGAAAGUUACCUAUCAUUAGUUGGAAGCUUCAAAUCGUUUGUUUAAACACAAUCCUUCUCAAGUGAUAAAAUUUUUAUUUCAUACUGUAAUUUGUUGAACAGAUUUGUAAACAGAUCUCCAAAUACUAUUAUGCGAUUUACAAAUAUUAUUGUGGCAGAAAUAAUUGAAACAUUUUCGUGAUUCAUCAUUCUUUUGGUACAAUCAAUUCGAAUUAGCACAUGUGAUGUUUAUAAGUAGGUACCAACAAUUAAAAAUGUUACUGAAAUAUAAUAAAUUGAAAUAUUCCUUUGUCUAAUAAAAAUAUUUUCAUUUGUAA